AUGAGAAUACUCUACCUCCUACUUUUGGUCGCUUGCGUGAACGCCAGUUUGUUUGACUGGGAAAAACUGAAUAAGCUCAGAAAGACGCUGUCUAAACUGGAAGCGCAUCUAGAUGUGGAUCGUUUACUUGCUAUUCGUAAUAGGCUUGAAAGUCAUCUCAAGGCGCCAAAGCUGAACCCUCAACAGCAAGCUCUUCUAGACCAGAGACUUAAGUCAAUAAAACCCGCCAAAAGGGCAAAAACCGACUCGAUCACAGAAGUAAACGAGGAAAGUGGUUUAUCGGAAAUUUUGUACCAAGGGGAUAUAGUCUUGACUGAAGAGCAAGCCGAAGAAUUAAUAGAGGAACAGAGAGAUGAGCGAGAACGAAGACAAGCGAUAAUUCCGAAAGACUAUAAAUGGCCUAACAACCGCUUCUACUUUUCUUUCUAUUCCAACACAAGUGAGGCCACAAAGGCUAUUGCUCGAAAAGGUGCGAAAUUCUGGCACGACAAUACAUGUAUUGACAUGAUUGAAAACAGCAAUGCUCGUGCACGUGUAGCAAUUUAUGAAGGCACCGGAUGCAGCUCUAAUAUUGGACACUUGAACCGAUUGCAGAACCUUUCUCUAAACAAUCCUGGAUGUACAAUGUACUGGAAAGCUGCACAUGAGCUCGCUCAUGCAUUGGGUUUGCAUCAUGUUCAAGCGAGGUACGACCGUGAUAAUUACCUCAAACUCAAUUUGAAAAACAUCCCUGUAAGUUUUGCCAUCUACAGUCAGACAACGAAGUUCAAACUGUUUUUUUAA